AAGUUUGUGCUCAGGCCCUUAUGCAAGAUUCACAUUGUGAACUACGUUCGAUAAAUGUAUCGCGUAUGAUGCACUUCACUGUUACGAAAUUACGAUUGCAAAUACGGUAUAGUUGUGCGAUUAACGGUAUAAAUUGAUGUAAGUUCGUUGGUGAAAGGGCCACCGAGCUAAGCUGCAACCAGAAAGAGAGAGAGAGAGAGAACUUGAUGUAAGUUCUGUGCUGACGACCAUCAUACUACACUCGAAGUUCACAAAAUCGAUUUUCGCCAAAACUAAUUGGGCUGUGUGGAAAAAUAAAGGAGAUUACGACCAUUAGCUUAUGAUCAUUAGCUUAGUUACGAGUCGAUAUUUCGCGUGAAACGCGAUAUAUUUUCACAGUAAGCAAUAACUUGUUUGUGACGAAGAAGAAAGAAAAGUUAUUAAAGAUCACACAAUAAUAACUAAAACAAUCUGAACAUUUUGAUUUGAUAAAUUUGAACAGUUUAAUUUGAUGCAUUUUUGAUAAAACAUUCUCAAAAGAAGAUGGAUCCUUUGGAAGGAGAUAAGAAAGAUAUCUAUAGAGAUUCAAAGUUACCAGGUAUAGGCCGUGGAAAUAUGACUUGGGUACAAACAGAUAACGUGGGACUUAGGAGACCGCAUAUUACAUCUAGCAAUCAAUCUCUAGAUUCUGUUGCUUCAAGGAGCACAGAAUAUGGAUCGGAGCAAACUCCUGGAAGGAAACAAUCUAAAUUAUCCGUAAAUGCAGCUGUAUUUAUUCCAAAGUUUCCUAAGUCAGUACAAGACAGAAUUGAUGCAGCUCGUGCGGCACCACCUAAUAUAAACCCUGGACCUGGUCUGAUAGAAGAUAACACUUCUGAUAUAUCUUUACAACAAUGCUUAGACAUACAGGAAUCACAAGCAAACAGUUGUAACAAUUUUAAUACAAACUAUGAGUAUCAAAAUUAUUCUGAUGGCAAGGAACGGGAAGUAGACACGAAUGUAAGCGAUUUUAAUCGUACAAUAUUUGAACUUGAAAGGAUCAUAUGUACUAUAACUAGGAGUCCUGGUGAAUUCGAUAAUUUGGUUCCAUCAUUUGUAAACAAUAUUAGAAGAGAAGGCAACAUAUGUUAUCUGCGAAUAUUUGUGACGAGCAUCAUUAAUUGGAACAAGACAGACGUAUAUUUGAACACUGAAAAAAGCAAGAGCGAGGAAAUCGAAUGCGAAAAGUGCGAGCAGUACAAACAAACCAACUAUACUCAUCUUUCCAUUGACGAAAGUAAUUUUCGGUAUAACGGAGCCCGAUUUUGCACGUAUUUCGAUGACACUUCAGAGUCCGAGGAGCAAUUAUUAUUUAGGGAUAUCUUACAUUACUCGUGUCUAUUAGAGACCCGUAUGCAAGAGUUCGUGUGGCAGCGCGUGUCCGACGAUAGCUAUGACCAAAAGAAAUGUCACGGAUUGAUAUUAUUUUUAGCCGAAUUGGUUGCUCAGAUGGACGAGACUUUUGCUUUCACCUUAGGAGGGCUUUUGAUAGAGUUCAUCACCAAAAUACUAAAAAAACCCACGUCGAACAUUGCUAAAUAUAUAUACCAAGCGCUCAAAUUGGCAGGGCAGCGAUUAGAAAAGGAUAAGAGCAAGAGCGUAGAGCUCAAAAAUAUGAUGCAAACGUUAACGGAGUUUGCAAAUAGAGGACAACAAAACACGUCAGUAGGAAACACGGCACACAGGAUGCAAGAGUCGCGAAAUGAAAAUUGGGGUAGAGACCCAUCUCAUUCUGAUUCGUUCAGAACCAAUUCUACACUAUAUCAAAUGCAGCAAGUGUCGAAUGAGCCAAGCGCGUCUAAUUACGCACCUGCUUUUAAUUCAUCGAAAACGAGCACGGUAGUAUCCCAAUCGGACGAUGCGUUGGUAUACGGUCCCGAUGGGCAGAUUAUACUCACAGAGGAAGAAAGCAAGUUUCUUCAUGACCACAUAGAACAGGAUGCACUCGACGAUUAUAUAGAUUACAAUUACGACGAUGAAAUUGCAACCGCCUACGAGGAGUUCCUGAGAGACAAAUCCAAGUAAAGCUCCUCCAGCAAGCAAAGCGAGACACGUCUAAACGAGAUAAUGUUAACACCUCGAGUCUCGCUAUAAAUACGUAAUUAUUCGCUUGAAGAUUCUGCGUUUGCACACGGUCAUCAUAAAUUGCCGGUCUGACGCGAAUAUCGUAGUUCUGAUAUGAGAUCAUAUUGUGUGCAACGCGCGCGAAAUAAUUAUAUACACGAUAUUCUUUAGAACAUAAAGAAGUAUAUGUACGUAGAAAGGAUAUAUCGCUACCAUAAUACACAUCACGCUCUGCUUCGUACGAAAAAAUUGCACUAUAUAAUCUUCCUUUCAAUUCAUCGAGUUCCGUCAUAUGUACAGAAAACAUAUGUUGAUGUGUAUGUGGGUAGUAGUAAUACAAACGUGCGUAUACAUAUAUACAUAUAUAUAUGUGUGUGUAUAUAUAUAUGCUUCAAGUUUUAAAUAUAUUUUUCGUUUAUUUAAAAUUAUGUAUACGCAUUUUUACAAAGUUUCAUAAAUAUAUGACAAUUCGCAUA